AUGGAUUACAUGAAUGAAAGUGCCUCGGUGGCUGCUGAUCAUCAACAUUUUGAUAGCAAGUUCAUUAGCUCGAGUGCUACGACCUUUUGUAUCUAUCUUCUCUUGAUCGGAUAUUGCACCUCAUUCGUGCUAAAAACUGCGUCACUGUCCAAGCAUAUUCUCAGGGCUCCGUACGCUGGAUAUCGGUCCAUUUUUGAACCCGCAUUCCUUGUACACCUACGCUUCUCAAAGGGUGCACAGCCUCAAAUCAACGAGGGCUAUCGCAAAUUCAAGGAUGCCGUCUUCAAACUCUCACGCAAUGACCGAGAUUUGGUAGUCAUACCCAACAAAUAUGUUGACGAGCUUCGUAAUCUCUCCAAUGAGAAGCUUAACUCCGUCGAAGCACUGAUCGCGAACAUAUGCGGGCCUUAUACUGCCUCGGAGAUUAUGCUGGAGGGAAAUUUGCAUACGCAUCUUCUCCAGACUAAACUGACACCUAAUCUCGCUGCAUAUUCUGCAUUGAUGAAAGAGGAAGUAGAUCAGGCUAUGGAUACACUCAUUCCGGAGUGCAGAGAUGAGUGGAUCGAGGUCCCCAUCUAUGAAGUUCUCGCUUUCGUCAUUGCGAGAAUCUCUAACCGCGUAUUCCUCGGUGAGCACGAUGGUCGUAACGAAGAGUGGUUUCGUGCUUCUAUGGGGUACGCCCGAGAAGUAACUAUCACAGUCAUGGCCCUGCGUUGCUUCCCUUCAUGGAUGCGGCCCGCUGUUGCAAUGUGUCUGCCAUCGAGCUGGAGACUAUAUGCUCAUAUGCGCCAGGAAAGAAAGGCGCUGCUCCCCAUCAUCGCCCGCCGACGCCAAGCGCAGAGUGAUCCAGACUACGUCAAGCCAAACGACUUCCUGCAGUGGAUGAUGGAUAAUGGCGUGGGAGACGAACAACAGCCGGAAAAGUUGGCCCAACGGCAGCUUAUCCUCAUCCUGGCUUCAGUGGAUACGACGACAAGAGCUGGUGCGCAUGCCAUCUAUGACAUGUGCGCCAGACCCGAGUACUUUCAGCCCUUGAGAGAAGAGGUUGAGACAGUACUCAAAGAAGAUGGAGGAUGGGGAAAGCCAACGCUUGCCAGAAUGCGCAAGAUGGACAGCUUCCUGAAAGAGUCCCAGCGAUUAAGCCCAGCUAGUCUACUAAGCUUCCAUCGCAUCGUCAAAACUCCACUCACCCUCUCCGAUGGCACACAGUUACCGCAAGGCACACACAUCUGUCUUGCCUCUGAAGCAACAUCCAAAGACCCAUCUUUCAUCCCGAGCGCGGAUACCUUCGACGGACACCGCUACUACAACAUGCGACAAGUCCCAGGACAGGAGCACAAAUAUCAAUUUGCAACAACGGAUAAGAACCAUUUGCAUUUCAGCCAUGGCAAAUACGCUUGUUCUGGGCGCUUCUUCGCAUCGAAUGAACUCAAGGUUGUGCUCGCUAGCCUUAUCACUAGGUACGACAUGAAGUAUCCCGAGGGUGCCACUAGACCUGCCAAUCUGAAUGCAGAUGAGUUUUUGUACUCUGACCCUUCGACAACUGUGCUGCUUAGGUGUAGAAAGUAG